AUGUCUUACUACGGCGGAAGCGACCCCAGCCCGUAUGACUAUCCUCUCCCAGGUGGACCCGCGCCACGUGGGGAUGUGGUCGUGACUGGCCUCACGGGCGGAUACGGCAGUGAGAAUAAGGGCAAGGGAAAGCACUUCAAGGGGCACUUCAAGGGACGCCACGGUCACCACAAGGGACACGGUCACUAUGGACAUCACGGAGGUCACAAGCAUAAGGGCCUCGGUCACCGGAUUGGCAAGCACUUCAGGCACGGCCGCAAGCACAAGUAG